UACCACCAGCCCAAAUUAUGAAGUACCUCAUCUCAUAACACGUUUAUUUGAGACACUUCUUCAUGUCCUCAGAUUACAGAUGGAGACUACCCGAAGAUUUGAGGGUAGCUUCAAAUAUAUUGGUAUUUGCAGACAAGGGUUUGGUUGUGCGUAACAGUUUACAAAAAGAAGUCACUGACCUUCUAAAUACAUAACAAUUUGCCAAUAUAUAUGUUGGAGGAUCGUAUUAAUAUGGAUCAUACAGAAAGAAGGUGUGGCAGUAUUGAACCUUCAAGUUCCAUAAAAGAUGGGGAAUUCCUUAGCUAGCUCAAUGACUCUCAGCUUCUGCUCCGUAGAAUUCAGAAGUAUUGUAUAUCUUGAAGCCUGUAAGAUAAGUCUCCCAGAAUGCAAUCUGGUCAUUGUUCCUUUUGGUUGACCUUGGCUGUUGAUUGGAUUUCUUUUGUAGCUUCAGAGUCUAUGAGGAGGAACAGUUUUUUUAUUCACACUUCUUCAUCUCAGACUGAGUAGCUGCCAGUCUAUUGUUCUUACAGUAUAUCAACUGGGUGACCAGAAAAAUGAUUUACCACCUCACUGUGCAAAGUAUGAACACGAGUGAUUUUGUUGUCAUUCAUUUAAUUUUGUAUGUGCGUAAGGUUUGUUUGAACUUAGAUUGUAUAAUGCACUACUGUGGAGUUAUGUUUGAAUUAGAUGGAAAGAUAAUCAUAAAUGGUAAGUAGGCAGGGGUAUGGAAGGAGAGAGAAAGCAUUCAGAUUUGUCUUGCUCGUUGCUGCCCUAUGAGUCUGAUUUGCCGAUUUGUUCAGUGUCAUGUAGUGAGCCCUUUGAAGAGUGUUAAGAGAAAAUUCUGGCUUUCAUGUAUAGAAAGUGGUCAUAAACAUAGAAUCUCUUUAACUAGUACUGGGUACAGAACGAGAGUAAACGUAAUGUGGAAGGUACAGUUACACAAUAGUCUUCAGCUAGGUGUGAUGGGAGGCAAUAUGGAAAUUGUGUUGGUGCAUAAUUUUAAAGUUAUGUUUCUCAUGCAGUACUAAAUUAUUAACUGAUGACAAUAUGGGGUCAUAUUUUAUAAUGUUAUAAUAUUACUUUUUAAUCAUCCUGUAUUUUAGGCCUGCAGUGUAUCAAUGGAAGGUUCUGUAAGCACCACACUUUGUGAGCGUUCCAAGUGGAUGCUACAGCACUACACUGUCAGGUAUUAGUGCUCUCUGUGGUUUCAUAUUAACAAACAAGGUAAGGAACUUACACUGUAUUAUCCAGUGUACAAAAUUAGAAAGCGAGAUUUUACAGCAUAACGCCCAUUCUAAAUUUCAUCUAAAUCUGUCAAGUGAUUCUCAAGUUGAAUCAUGAUUAGUGCUGUAUGUGCUCAUUUUAUGCACAUAACACAUAAUAAUAAUGAUAAGCAGUGAUUGUCACCAUGGCACAUUACAAUAUGGUUUGUUGCAUUUGGUGCCUUCAGUUUGGGCUGUGAUGAUGUGUCUUCUGCUCACCUUUGCAUGGCUGUUGAAUUCAUUCCUGAUGUAUGGACACCCACAGAGUGGAUUCUGUUAGUCACGGUGAGAGUAUGAUCGUGAAAAUGGUGGUCAUGGUGGUUGGUUCUCAAAGUUUUGUGUUUGCCAGAAGUGAACGCUUCAAUCUGUGAGCAGUAAAAUGUGGUUUCUGACAUUAGUGUCUUCUUACUUGUAGUGUUGACAAUUCUUGAUCUUCUUUGGACCUUUUAAGUGUCUGGUUUGUUCCACUCAGCUGUUUGUUGAGUCUUUAAGAGGUAAGUAUGACUUCCUUUCUCUUAUAAUUUAACUUGUGCAAAGUACAUUCCCCCUCCCAGUAGACAUACUUUUAUGUACUGUCAGAUAAUUUUCUUUUCUUUCAGCAAGGAACACUGCGACAUGCUAGGAACCAACAAAGAAAAUUAUAUGCCAAAAAUGCCAGUAGCAGCCAUUUUCCUCUGCAUUCUGCAAGUUGCAACUUUGGUCGACUCUUCACCUCUUCCUCAUGGUAGUCGCAGUAUGAAGAAUGAACAGCAGACAGACGUGUCCACAGGGCUGUUUCAGCGAGAAACACCAUACUUGAUUGUUCCACUGGCUUCUGUACCACUUUGGUUUCCUAGAAGCUUUCUUCUACCGUAUAAUCUCAACCACAAUAUCAGUUUAUCACCAAGGCAACAAUUUGAACCAUUAGCAAGAAACAAGCUCUGGAGAACACUGAGGGGUUCACAGACGGUCGUGUGUUAUGGAGAUGAUGGACGUCCAUUUGAUGGGUUCCCUUGUGAAGAUAAUGUUUGUGUACCUCUGCACUGGGUGUGUGAUGGGGACGCUGACUGUAAAGGAGGUGAUGAUGAGGCACAGUGUGUUAGCUGUGGAAGGGAUGAACUGUACUGCAGAAUGCGAGGUGUCACAACUUGUCUCUCCCCAGAGUUGCUGUGUGAUGGCCGAAGAGACUGCCUCGAUGGGUCAGAUGAGGAUCCAGACAGAUGUCACUCGUCAUGUGAAUUCCGCUGUCAUGAAGGCGGUGACUGCGUAGCGUAUAGUUUAGUGUGUGAUGAGGAUCACGAUUGUAUUGAUGGGUCUGAUGAGAUUGACUGUGAUCACCACUCACCACACAAUGAUUGUGACCCCAAAUUCGAAUUCCAGUGCUACAAUUCAUUGGAUGAAGAUGAAUGGCCGCACUGUGUUCCAAGAGCAUGGCUGUGUGACAACCAUGAUGACUGUCCUCACGGAGAGGAUGAAUACGUCGAUUCAUGCAGCAGGAAAUAGACGUCUUAAAUAGUAUUGCGGACAGUCGUCAGUCAAGAGUGGCUUAUAAAGAAUAUAUAUUUUUUUGCAUAAAUUCCCUCUUUGUUUAAUAUCACCACUGCAAGCUGUUUGCAGGAAAUAACCCCCUUUACCGACAUGUUAGAAGGUAAGGGAACAACCUGUAAUAACAAAAUAUGAAAUGAAUGCUGAUAAGUGUUUACUAGGAAGUAAAAGAUAUUGAGUGUAAUGGGCUUAUAUAUGUAAUUUCCUAUCAGUAUCAGUGUGUAAUAUCUUUAUCCAGUAACUGGUAUCAUGUCAUCUAAUGAAUGCUUCUUAUAAAUUAUAAAUAUGAUUAUUUAAAAGAA